AUGACGGUCUGCACAGGAGCGCCAGUUGCUGUGUUUGGCCCCAGAGUCAUCAUCGCCUGUCGCGCCUUUGACUUCACCCCCUAUUUCGAGGAUGUGUUUUUGGUGUGCUCACCGGCUACAUUAUUUCUUUUACUUUUCCCCAUUGAAUUGUGGCUGCUACGAACGAGCACCGCCAAACGUGCUGGAGCUGUUCGCUAUCGCCAGCGCCGCCGUCCUCUCGUAUAUCCACCAUUGUCGGUGAUUCGACCCUCAACGCUGCUCGUGCUCUUCUUGUCGACUCGAUUGUUACUGGGGUUGGCUCGUGUUAGAACGCUAUGGCUCAUCCCCACAGCGACUAACGCGGCGACCCUCUUUACAAUGGGCUUUGUAUUCACAUUGCUUUCGAUAGUGAUCGAAUCUACAGGAAAAGAAUCUAGUCUCGCGGCGGCUACAGCAAAGCUUGCGACGCCAGAGCCCUUCAGUGGCUUCUGGAAGCGCGCUAUGUUGCCGGUCCACGACCUUCCAGAGCUGGACCCCCAGCUGAACAGUCAAGUUGUGGCGCAGAAGCUGCAGGAUAGCUGGGGACAAGUCAACAAGUCACCUAAAUAUGCGCUGCUCCGGUCCUGUCUGAGAGCGUAUAUCUCUCCUUUCCUCUUGGGUGUCCUGCCGCGUCUGUUCAUAUCGGGAUUCACGUUCUGCCAGCCAUUCCUCAUUGAUGCGGCCGUGUCGUGGGUUGAAAAUCCGGACACAUCGCUGGAUUCUGGAAAGGCACUAAUCGGAGCCAUUGCUUUGGUCUAUGUGGGACUGGCCGUGAGAAUCAUCCGCCUUCGAAGGGGCUUGAUAUCGUUCAUCCACCAGCAAACGGCGCACACCAGAGUAGUGGAGUUGGGGGAAAUUACAGCAUUCACCUUGAUGGGCACCGACGUGGAACGUAUCAUGAAAGGGUUCCGGGAUUUUCAUGAGUUAUGGGCGUGUCUGAUCGAUAUCGGAAUCGCAAUUUACUUACUGGAGCGACAGGUAGGUGUGGCCUGCCUCGUCCCAACCGUGAUUGCCGUUGCUUUUAUAUCAGCUACAUUUAAGCUAUCUGCAGUCGAGGAACGGCUACGCUUAACUUCUUAUACGCUGGAGAAUAUCAAAGCUGUCAAGAUGCUGGGGCUAUCGGAGAAGGUCUUUUCUAUCGUCCAGGGAUUGCGGUAUGCCGAGAUUGCUACCUCUGCUGUGUUUCGCAAGCUGCUUGUAGGGACAAUUACGCUGUCUAACUCACCCGCUGACCUGGCUCCUAUGGCGACCUUCGUGGUGUAUGUCAUACUCGCCCUGGUCCGACAUGACAAUUCGAUCCUGGCCGCGCAAGCCUUUACCUCGCUGACAUUAAUAUCACCAAUGACAACGCCGAUGCUGACAUUUAUCCAGGCAGUGCCGACUGUGGUCCAGUGCUUGGGAUGCCUAGACAGAAUCCAAGAAUAUGCCAGCGUACCAGUCCUACAUGAUGAUGAGAAUACCCACGGUGAAACUAUCACAGGAAAAUACGACGGCUUGGUUAGUCUUCAGGCCAUGCCAAAAUUGGUCACGGAAGAAAGGAACCUAGUAAAAUUCUCAAACUAUAGCGUCGGUGGCAAGUCCACAUUACUCGAGAGAAUUCUUGGAGAGACACUUAGCAUGGGGGGAAGAGCAGAGCGAAAUGUUUCCCUCGUUGUCUACUGCUCUCAAACACCGUGGCUGCAGAGCGAGAAUAUCCGCCGGAACAUCAUCGGCGCGUCUGUGAUAAACAUGGACUGGUACGCGACGGUAGUAUCUGCCUGUGCACUUGACAAAGACUUAGCUCAACUUCCUCGUGGAGACCAAACACCCGUUGGUAACAACGGUCUGACGCUCAGCGGCGGGCAGAAGCAGCGCAUUGCAUUAGCUCGAGCCCUGUACUCGCGAUGCAAAGUCGUUUUGCUGGACGAUGUCUUCAGCGGCAUCGACGCAUCUGCUACAGAAUCAGUCACUCGCAAUUUAUUCGAUGAAAAGGGUCUCUUUCGCCAGCCUCAGACAACAGUAGUGCUCGCCACGCACUCUAGAUUCCUCCUCCAGUACGCGGACAACGUCGUUGUCCUGGUUGAUGGGCACAUCGCUGAUGCCGGCAGCCUGAAUAGCCUUCAAUCCAGUAACACUUAUAUUCAGGGCCUGGAGAUUUCAUCAUCAACUGCGCCUAUCACAAGCGAAUCCAAUGAGGGGCCACUUAAUCCCCAGGUCUCCGAUAGCCAGACUAAGAACGAGGACUUGGAAAGGGUUGAACUACUCGAUCAUGAAUUAUCGACCGAUUACAUCCGCCAGGAUGGAGAUUUCUCUGUUUAUGCUUACUAUGCAUCGGCUUUUGGACAUACGACAGUCCUUGUUUCCCUUUGCUUUAUCUUAUGCUGGUCUUUCUGUCGCGAGUUCCCAACGAUCUGGCUGGACUGGCGGACAGCAGCCAAUGCGAAAAGUCCCAACAACGGGGUUGGGAUGUAUCUUGAGGUCUAUGUAAUGCUAGGUAUAGCUGGGCUAAUCGCCAUGAUUGCUGCUGGCUCCACAUGCAUCGUCAAGGUCAUAAUCAUAGCCGCAUUUGCCAAGUAUCUGGGCAUUGUGAUCCCAUUCAUGGGGAUCCUCGUCUACAUGGCACAGAAGUUCUAUCUCCGAACAUCACGCCAGAUGCGACACCUGGACAUCGAAGCAAAGGCACCGCUUUACACUCACUUCCUCGAAAUCGUCAGCGGUGCGGCUACAGUCCGCGCGUUUCGGUGGCACAGAUCAUCCAAUGCGAAAUUGAUUUCUCUGCUAAACAUUUCACAGCGUCCCGUGUACAUGCUGUACUGCAUUCAGCAAUGUCUGGGUUUCUUCCUGAAUUUGCUUGUUGCGGUGUUGGCAGUCAUUUUGGUGGCUACGGUAGUCUUCUUACGAGACAAAUUCAACCCGGGGGAUGUUGGUGUUGUCUUGGUCAUGGUUAUGACUUUCAACAGUAGUUUGAUGCAGCUCAUCAGAUUCUGGACCAUGAUGGAUACGUCUAUUGGUGCUGUCGUCCGAGUCAAGAGCUAUGUGGCUACUACCGAGCCAGAGGAGGCUGUAUCUUCUCAGCAGGACCAAUUACCUGUGUCAUGGCCGACCAAUGGAGCCAUUCGGAUUUCGGAUUUGGCAGCUGCGCACUUAGCGACAUCUCCAUCCGUUUUAAAGAGCAUUUCGAUGAUAGUGCAACCCGGAGAGAAGAUCGCAAUCUGCGGCUCAUCCGGCAGCGGAAAGACGACACUUAUCCUCUCUCUGCUGCGCAUGGUAGAGCUUCAAGGAGGUUCAAUGACCAUCGAUCUUUCGGAAUACUCGCGGUCUGAAGUUCGCACCCGACUGAACGUCGUCACCCAGGACCCAUUCCUAGUAGCCGGCUCAGUGCGCUUUAAUACUGAUCCCUUUGAGAGGGCACCAGAUGAGAAGGCCAUCGCAGCACUUCACAGGCUGGGGCUUUGGGGGAACAUUGACCAGGAAGGCGGUCUUGAGAUGGAAAUGAAUGCCCGGCAGCUGCUCUGUCUUGCGCGUGCGAUGGUACAAGGGGGGAAGGUGCUUAUCCUUGAUGAGGCGACGAACAGUGUCGACCACAAAACAGAGGAGAUGAUGCAGGGGGUCCUGGAGACGGGGUUCUCAUCUCAUACGGUCCUCUCUGUUCUGCAUCGUCUGCGCUACAUCCAUCGAUAUGAUCGUGUCGCUGUGCUGGAUGACGGGGUUUUGGUGGAAUUUGAUACUCCUGCCGCACUGCUUGCUCGUGAUUUAUUCGGGAAGUCAUUGAGUACAACAUAA